CUGACGGGCAGCGGCCUCACCCAACGAGGCGGCGGCGGCGCCGCGCGGGGGGCGGCGGCGGGGCCAAUCGCGGGUGGCGCUGGUGGAUGUGCGCGUCGGAGUCCGGGGCUGCUCCCCUUUCUCUCCCGUACGCGGCGGGGCCGGUGGCGGGCGCAGGCUCUUGAAGCAAUAGGCUGUUGGAUUUUGAUCCCGCCCAGAGUACUUGAGUUUUUGUCAGCAAGGAUAUAUAAUAGCGGUUUUGCUUGCCUACGUAAGAAAAAAAGGCAAUGGAGACUGAACAACAGGAGGAGACCUUUACCAACACAGAGACAAAUGACCUCUCUACAGGCAAACGUCCUGCAGAAGAUAUGGAGGAAGAGCAGGCCUUCAAAAGAUCUCGGAACACUGAUGAGAUGGUUGAACUGCGCAUCUUGCUUCAGAGCAAAAAUGCUGGAGCAGUGAUUGGAAAAGGUGGCAAAAAUAUUAAAGCACUUCGUACAGACUACAAUGCCAGUGUUUCAGUCCCAGACAGCAGUGGCCCCGAGCGCAUCUUGAGUAUAAGUGCAGAUAUAGAGACAAUUGGAGAAAUCUUGAAGAAGAUUAUCCCUACUUUAGAAGAGGCAUCUUAUUUGCAGUAUCAACACUACAAAGGCAGUGACUUCGACUGUGAGCUUCGACUUCUUAUUCACCAGAGUUUGGCAGGAGGCAUUAUUGGUGUCAAGGGUGCUAAAAUUAAAGAACUCAGAGAGAACACUCAGACCACAAUUAAGCUCUUUCAAGAGUGUUGUCCUCAUUCGACUGACAGGGUGGUGCUUAUUGGUGGAAAACCUGAUAGAGUUGUUGAGUGCAUCAAGAUUAUCUUGGAUCUUAUCUCUGAGUCUCCAAUUAAAGGACGGGCCCAGCCUUAUGAUCCCAAUUUCUAUGAUGAAACGUAUGACUAUGGUGGCUUCACAAUGAUGUUUGAUGAUAGAAGGGGACGGCCAGUGGGCUUUCCAAUGCGUGGAAGAGGAGGUUUUGAUCGAAUGCCUCCUGGUCGUGGUGGACGACCUAUGCCUCCCUCAAGAAGAGAUUAUGAUGAUAUGAGCCCUCGCAGAGGACCUCCACCACCUCCACCAGGUCGUGGUGUUAGAGGUGGUAGCAGAGCACGUAAUCUUCCUCUUCCUCCUCCACCACCUCCUCGUGGCGGAGAUCUGAUGUCCUAUGACCGAAGGGGCAGACCGGGAGACCGUUACGAUGGCAUGAUGAUGCAGUGUCAUGUGGAUGCCUGUGAUGACAUGCAGCCACCAGAGUUGUUUGAGGGAGGCUCUGGUUAUGAUUAUUCUUAUGCAGGGGGGCGUGGUUCAUAUGGAGAUCUUGGUGGACCCAUCAUCACAACACAAGUAACGAUUCCCAAAGAUUUGGCAGGAUCUAUUAUUGGAAAGGGAGGCCAGAGAAUCAAACAAAUACGUCAUGAGUCAGGAGCUUCGAUCAAAAUUGAUGAACCACUAGAAGGCUCAGAAGAUCGGAUAAUCACUAUUACGGGAACACAGGACCAGAUACAAAAUGCACAGUAUUUGCUGCAGAACAGUGUGAAGCAGUAUUCUGGAAAGUUUUUCUAAGACUAGUGAAGAACUGAAGGAGUCCUGCACCCUUUUUUUUUUUAUCUGCUUCUGUUUAAAAAGCCAACAUUCCUCUGCUUCAUAGGUGUUCUGCAUUUGAGGUGUAGUGGAAUCUUUGCUGUACACCAGAUGUAAUGUUUUAGUUCCUUACAAAUACAUGGCGGGGGGAAGGGCAUACAAGACUAACAUUGAAAUUUUGAAGCGGCAGAGAGAAUGAAUUCUAUUUUUGUUCAUUGUUGGUGGUAAAUUGUACUGUUUUUCUGUAAUUGUUGUGAACAUCCUGCUUUAUGUACACUGUAUCUUUAUUUGAAGGGGGAGAAUAUGGUAGGCCCCAUGUCCCUGGCAUUUGUUGAGAGCAGUGUGCAGAAUGUAAUGCAUUUUUGUAAGAAACAUUUUAGGAUUUUUAAAUAAAUUUAGUGAACCUAUUCUUGGUGGUCAUUUUUCUUCAGCUCUUCAUAAGGUCAUAACUAAAAUGGAUAUACCUAGUUUGUUUUUUUUUUCCCCUUACGAAUUAAAGUUGCUGUUAAGCUUGCUCUUCAGUUUCCUUGAUAUAUAGGUGGAGUUCUGUGGGGUUUUUUUGACAAAUUAAAGAGAUCGUGUAAAAACAAUGACUGCUUUGCUGUUUGGGGAAAGGGGGAAGGUGAAAAUACGCAAAUGUGUAAAACUACAUGCAAGUGUUUGGCCCUCUUUGCAAUACAUAUAUAUAUUGGUGACAGUAUAUAAAUAAAAUACUUUAAAAUUUUGUGACGUCACUGAUUAAACAGUUGUAAAGUACACCUGGGUUUAGACAGCUUGCUUAAUGCAGUUGCUCUGCCAUUACUGAAUAAAUUAUACCUGUUUUCUGAGCUUUUGUUUGUAUGAGAUAGGAAUUGCGAAUUGGCAAGAUGAAAUACAACUAUGUAAUUUGUUUUCCAUUGUAUGCAAAACUUCAACUUGUUUCCCAGAUGUAUGUUGAGUUCCGUAAGAAUUAUUUGUGAGAAAUUAAAAAAAUAUAACGCCUCUGGAUAUCUCAUGUAAUACUUUGGCAUUUGUAUUUAUAGUUUAAAGUUUUAAUUUCACUUCCUGAAUAAAAACAGAUUAAAAAGUGUAAA